AUGGCGACUAACUUUGACAUGAACGAUAUGACCGUUGAACAACUUAUGGCACUUAGUGAGAUAAUCGAUGACAGCGACUACGAAGGAAAUCUCGAUGAUGAAGUGGAGAAAAUCUCGGAGGAUAAGUUCUACCGUGUUGCACCUAAGGACAAGGGAGAGAACGUCCUCGCGGAAGAGAAACUAUUCAUUGAUGAAGGUGAUAGAGCUGCGGAUCCUAAAAGGCCAAGAAGACUCCCACUGAACUACAAGGGUAAGAGAGGAAUAAUGCCAACAUGGAAAUAUUCCGAGAGGCAGAAGGCAAAGGCUUUACUAGUCGAGGAGGCAUAUCAAAGCUUACUAAGUAGAGGAGUUGAAGGUCUACCACCAACAAUGGGAGGUAGAUGGAGAACAGACGAUCCUCAGGUAAACGCUGAGAUGAAGAGGCUCGAAAACCUCAGGAAUCCCAAGCGUCCCAGAGGUAGAUCACCAAAGGUCAAGGUUGAUGGUGAAGUAUCCCCCAAAAGAAGGGGUAGACCACCAAAAACCGCGGUAGCCGAAACCAAAGAAGUUAAGGUUGCCAAAAGAAAAGACAGACCACCAAAGGCUAAGGUGGUUGAAACUCAAGAAGUUACGGUUCCUAAAAGGAGAGGUAGACCACCAAAGGCUAGGGUAGUCGAAACACCGAAACCUAAGGUUAGAAGACAGACUGUCGCAGAAAGGUUCAUAAGCCAGGGUCGGAUAAAACUCUCGGUUCCUGCGGAUAGUGUCAUAACACAGGUGGGACCAAAUAAGUUCACGGUGACAGUGGAUCUCAGCAAAAAACCCACAAGGAAAGCUCCUGAGGUGCCAAAAGGUGUGACUCCAUGGAAACCUAGAGAGAGACCAGUUCCUAAGCCUAGAACUGUUCUUCCUAAGGAAAAACCUGUUCCUAAACCUAGAACUAAAAUUCCUAAGGAAAGACCUGUUCCUAAGCCAAGGACUAAAAAACCAGUGCCUCCUCCAAAGUUACGAAAGCCUGCAAGGGUGACUAGGGAAGUUGUGGAGCAGCCUGUGGUGGUUACACCUGAGGAACAUGAAAUCGAUCCAUUUGGAACAUACCUCGAUAAGCCAUCCUAUAGGAAAAUAGAAACUGCCGCAAAUGGAGCAGCUGUGACCUACUCAAUAACUCCAAACUAUAUGGACCCACUGGACCAGAUGACAGCAAGUAGGCAGGUGGUGAGGGGAAUACUAGUGAACGAGUUGAAGAGAAUGGGAGGUCUAAAAUAUACAGAAACAAUCAAGGUAAGAAUGUCGAAGGAAAUUGGUAAUGACAAAACAAAGAAGGAUUCAAUAUACUUCAAGUCGAAAACUGGAACUGCGACCAACUUUGAGGAUAUCGAAAGCACUGCAGCACAAAACCAGCUGACAAUCCUAUCCAGAAUUGAAACAUUCCAAAACCUAGGUUCAAACUGGAUUAUACUAAAUAUUGAAAGCCACUACGUUAACAUUGCAAUGUAUAAACCUCUAAAGGGUAGUUCAUAUAUGAAAUUACCCGCAGACAUUAGCAAUCCAAAAUGUGGUCUCAUUAAUAUGAAAAACGAUGACGAGAAAUGUUUCAUGUGGAGUCAUGUGAGACAUGUAAGACCUAGAGUUAGGAGAGCAACAACCAUAACAAGACAAGAUGUGGAGUUCGCGAAAAACCUGGACUAUGAGGGUAUUGACUUCCCUGUGAAAAUAAGCGAUAUCGACAAAAUUGAGAGAAGGAACUGUAUAAGCAUAUCAGUGUUCGGCUAUAAGGGCAAAAAGCAGUUCUACCCAAUCAGGAACUCUAAGGUAAAAUAUGAUGAACAUAUGGAGCUGCUGCUACUAGGUGAUAGUGAUGGUGGUAACCACUACGUUCUAAUAAAGGAUGUAAAUAGAAUGCUCUUCAGUGUAAGUGGAAACUUGAACAAGAAACACUUCUGUCUGCAUUGCCUUCAUAGUUGCGUAAGUAAGGAGUCACUGGAGAAACAUAAGGAGACAUGUCUCGAGGUAAAUGGAACUCAAGCCACAAAGCUUCCGAGUGAGGGUACGAAAAUAAAGUUCAAAAAUCACAGGAACUCAAUGCCUGCACCAUUUGUAAUAUACGCCGACUUCGAGUCCAUGCUGGUUCCUGAAGAGAGAAAAGUUGAUCCUGAAAGCCCCGAGGAAAAGAGUAGUACAGACCUUUACCAAACGCACAAAGCCUGUAGUUUUGGGUUAAAAACAGUGUGUCAUUAUGAUGAUCAGUACUCUGGUGAAUACAUAAGUUACGUUGGUGAAGACGCCACGAAUGUCUUUCUGAAGACAGUACUGAAGGAGUCUAUUAAGUGCCGGGAGAUGGUAAACAAAAUAUUCAAGAAAAAGAUGGUAAUUACACCAGAGCAAGAAGUUGAGUUCUGGAUGACAAGAAACUGCUCCAUAUGUGGUAAUGACUUAGGUGAUGAUAGAGUGAGAGAUCACGAUCAUGUAACUGGAAUGUAUCGUGGAGCUGCCCAUAAUAUGUGUAAUCUGAAGUACAGAAUCACAUGGAAAGUUCCGGUGGUUUUCCACAACCUAAGAGGUUACGAUAGCCAUCUAAUAAUGCAGGAGAUUGGAAAGUUCAAGAUGAACAUCAAUGUUGUCCCAAAUAAUAUGGAAAAAUAUAUUUCCUUCUCACUAGGUAAAAGUCUUGUGUUCAUUGACUCAAUACAGUUCAUGGCUUCUUCUUUGGAAGCACUUGUGAGUAACCUUUCACCUGAAGACUUCAGGAUAGUUGGCAAGAGGUGGACGGGUGAGGACUUCAAACUUGUGACACAAAAAGGUAUAUUUCCAUAUGAAUAUUUGGAUGACAUUAGUAAACUUAAUGUUGAGGGUCUUCCAAGCAGAGACAAAUUCUACUCAUCUCUAUAUGAGUUGGAGGUGAAAGAAGAAGAUUACCAAAGAGCGCUAAAAGUAUGGGAUCACUUUAAGAUGAAAACCAUGAGAGACUACCACGAUCUCUACCUGGAAACUGACGUUCUUCUUCUAGCAGAUGUCUUCGAAAACUUCAGGAGAACUUGCUUGGAAAAUUACAAGCUUGACCCUGCACAUACAUACGCACUAUCUAAGUUGGGACGCCUUCCUGAAACAGUCAGGUGA